GAAAUAGUGCACUUAAAAGUUAUAGAACGGGUCAGUGCAUUCGAGAGUUAAGUAUCUACUUGAAAUCACCAAACCAUACUUUAGAAAAAUUGAAGGAUACAGAUUGAAAAAUGUUACCACCUUUAUAUAAAAUGGAAAAUUAUACACAUUGUGCUGUAGAUUCUGACAAUUAUUACUGUUUCGUACAAGCCAGACUGACUGUACCAUCUACAAAUCUGAAUAUCAUCAAACUUAUAAAGAAUUCCAGUUUAGACAUAAGCAGAUUUGACCGAAAUUUUAUAUACAGAACCCUCUGUAUACCUAAAUUGUUUAUAGAAAAUAAAUCGAAGCUGUACUCCUAUUCAUCCACCCUAGUUAAUCAAGACAUAGAGCGAUUUCAAUUAAGUGCACAAAUUGAAGAUGCUACCUGCAAAAAAAUAAAAUUGGAAAUGAAUGUGUACGAUAUAAUUUGUUUGGCUGUACUAGUAUUUUACAAUAUACUGGUAAUAUUGGCUACAUUUAAAGGAAAAAGUUACGAGAAGAAAAACGGUCUAAAAUGUAUAAUUUCAAAAUUAUCGUUGGUUCAUACGUGGAAAUUAAGAUCAAAAGUACCUGACACUAGAGAUUUCAAAAACUUAAGGAAUAUGAACGGAAGUCGCGUUUUGGCUAUGUUAUUUAUAAUUUUUAUUCACCUUGCAAUAGCCUAUAACACAAGUUUUAUAUCGAAACCGGAAGUGUACGAACAUGUUUAUCGUACUAUUUUGGACAAUGGAUUAGGUUGUUUGCCAGUGCUCAUUGUUUCGUACUUUUUUCUUGUAUCCUCUUGGCUGUUAACGACUCAAGUAUACAAUAUACAUGAAAAAGGUCAAUUAUCCUUCAAAAAUAUCGGAAUACUCAUAAUUAACCGAUAUUUCAGGUUAAACUUUCUAAUAAUUGUUAUAUUGAUCAUAAGUGAGACUUCAUGGAGUACGGUAAUAACAGGUCCAGCAAACUUUUAUCCAAUUAUUGCUAAUCAAAAAGCUUGUACCGAGAAUUGGUUCCCUUCAAUAUUUCUUUUCACCAAUUUUUAUCGGCUAGUAGAUAUAUGCAAUGCUGUCACAUGGCAUGUCUCGGCAGACUUUCAGCUUUACAUUAUAAAUUUAUUCAUACUAUACAUAAAGUUUAAAUGCAAUUUUAAUGACUUUAAAUUUUGUGCCACGAUAUUGAUAUUUUCCAUCAUUUUACAUGGAAUAACUUUACACAUUUAUGAUGCUGGUCCCCUUUACCAACCAUCACUGAGAUAUUUUGAAGCAAGGUCAUUAUAUCAUUCAUUAAAGUAUGUGAUCUCCUAUAUGUCAACACCUUCAUUAUGGUCCUCAAGUUUUAUUGGAGUAAUAUUUGGAAUAAUUUAUAUUAGAAGCAGAAAUAUUAGUGUAAAACCAAAUACGGGAUUAAACAUAGUUUGGUUUAGUAUUUCGAUUGGACUUAUUUAUUUGUCUAACCAGAUGGGCGCUAUAAAUGUAAAUGGAAUUAAAGCAUCUUUGCUUGGAUCUAUUAUUAAGCCCAUAUUUUGUAUAGGAUGUGGCUUAGGUGUUUACGGCAUGUCACACAAUUUUGGAGGUCCACUUAAGAAGCUUAUGGAAUCCAAAUUACUAGUCCUUUUGAGUAACUAUCUGUAUGGAGUAUAUUUAAUUCACAUGCCAUGUGUCAUAUCGAUGAAUAGGUAUUUUACGGAGCCUGUAUAUAUUGACUUCUGGAAAUUGCUUCAAGACUAUAUAAUCGGUGUGAUUAUAAGUUUUUUGGUUGGCAUUUAUAUCACACUUACAAUCGAGGAGCCCGGAAAUUUGCUUCGAAAGAAAAUUUUACCGCAAAUAAAUAAAUGGGAUAUUUCCAAAACUAAUUAAUAUGUAAAUUUUUUGUUUAGAUUUUACAUUUUAUAAAAAUAUUUUAUACAAC